AUGUUGUGUUUGUCUAUUUGGGGUUACAACGAUUUUGAUUGGGUUUUCCUACCGGCUACCAACAGAGGUGGAGGCUUGCUAUGUGUUUGGAGUAGGGAAUCGUCUAGUCUGAAUGAGUGUAUUUAUGGCAGGAAGUUUCUUUGUGUGAAGGGGUUCUUUGAGGAUUGUGAAUUGAUUAUUACAAACUUCUAUGGGUCCUCAUCUCUGGCUGAAAAACGAGCUCAAUGGAGUGAUCUUGUUGCCUUGAAAUCUGCCAGCAAUGUCCCUAGGUGGUGCAUCUUUGGUGACUUCAAUUUGGUGCGCUUUCCAGAGGAGAGAAGAGGUAUUAAUUCUAACACUGAACCUUACCGUAGGGAUAUGGAAGAAUUCAAUUUGUUUAUUAAUACUAUGGAACUGUUUGAUCUCCCAAUGGGUGGUAAGAGAUUCACUUGGUUUAGGUCAAAUGGCCAAGCGGUGAGCAGAUUGGACAAGGCCUUGGUAUCGAGUGAUUGGUUGGGAAUUUGGCCUCAUAAUUGCCAACAGGUUCUUCGCAGGGACAUUUUAUACCAUUGCCCGGUGAUUUUAAGCUCUUCUUUGGUGAUUUGGGGACCAAAACCUUUUAGGGUUUUAAAUUGUUUGUUGCAAGACCCUAAACUAAAAUCCUUUGUGGAAGAGGAGUGGCCAAAGCUCAAGUUUCAGGGUUGGGGGGCCUUCAUCUUAAAAGAGAAGCUCAAGGCCCUGAAGGUGUUGUUAAAGCGGGGGAACCUUGAUGUAUUUGGGGAUGUGAACAAGCAUAAGAUGGAAAUUGUGAUUAAGAUGGAAGGGCUAGACAAGAAAGCAGAAGAGGGUAACCUGACGGAGGACGAGUCCAAAGCUAGGAAACUCCUUCAAGCUGACUUUUGGAAGAUUAACAAGCUAAAUGAGUCCCGUCUUUUUCAAAAAUCUAAGGCUCGUUGGAUCAAGGAAAGGGAUGCCAACACUAAAUACUUUCACACAGUCAUAAAUUGGAAGAGGAGAAAGAAUGUUUUGUUGGGACUCAAUGUGAAUGGCUCUUGGAUUUCUGGACCACUUGAGGUGAAGCAACAUGUGAAGGCUUUUUUUUGA